AUGGUUGAAUUGACUGCAGAGCCAAGAAAACAGCUUAAUAUUGGUUCAUCUAUUUACAAACUUCUUGCUAUCACAUCGGUGUUGGCAUGUAUAUCAAAAGUUGAUUCGUUCAAGCACGAUAUCAACAAAUAUGCUGUAGAUUGCUCAGGAUUUCGGACGUGUACGAAAUGUACGGAAAACCCGUCCUGCAGCUGGUCUUUAAAACAGCAGACGUGUUUGAAAACGACUCGUAGACCGGGACUGUUGAUGGUGAACAUCCGAGAGCACUGUCCGCAGUUUACCAUCGUCGACAGUUUCAACUAUAAAAUACAUCUGCCCUUCACUUACAAGGUGAAGGUGUCGAAUGACGUGAGUGGUUUCGUAAAGUACCUCGGCAAAAGCAACAUCACAUGCUCGCUGAGAGACAUUACGUACAAUGGUACGGUGAACGAGGAGGCGGACACGAUCAGUUGCGAGUCGAUGAGCAACGACAGUUUGGAGUUCGACAAACAGCGGCUAAUGAUUUACCACUACAGCAUCGCGUUCGACGGCGUGCUGCUGCGGAUCGACAAUGGCAUCAACAACUACUUAACUGUAUACAACAGCCAUUAUUGCAAUACCAGCAACAAGGUCAAAGACUGCGUUGCAUGUUCCUGGGACUUGGAACUCAACACGUUCUACUACAAACGGUGUUCGGUCGGUAACACGUGCACGGGCCUGUUCGAGUAUUACGACCACUGGAACGAGACCGCCUCCGCGGGCACGGCGGUGAACACUGGAUUUGGACCACCCGCGGGUGCUUGUCCUGACAUGACGAUCCAGUCGGUGGAACCGCUGUCGGCGGCGUGGUCGGGUGGAGCAACUCUGGUGAUAACCAUCAAGAACCACGACGUGCUGUCCGAAUCACGGAAGGCGACCGUCACUGUGGCCGGACGCAAUUGCGUUUACCCGAAGACGAUCAACGGUGAGACCAUCUCAUGCACGGUCGGAUUACCGAAGCCCGACGACUUGGCAACUGGCCCUGUACACGUCACGUACGGCCCGCUGCGGCUGACGUCAGCCCAGACGUUCCAAUUCGUCUACCCCGAGCUGACCUCUUUGAGCCCGGCGUGCGGCCCUGUCUCCGGCGGUACCUUGUUGCACAUUACCGGCCGUUUCCUGGACGCCGGCAGCACGGCCACCGUGUCUGUGGGCUCGGCUAACGUGCCGUGCGAGCUGAUCGCUAGGUACGCGGACCGUAUGCUGUGCGUGACCGGACCGUCGGACGGGCCAGUUGCGGGUGCCGUCACGGUCGUGUUCGACAAGUUCCUGAGGAGGAGAGUCGGCGUAAACAGUACCACCGCUCCACGGUCCAAGUCUGCUGUGCAGUUCGUGUACGCGGGUGACCCCGUGCUGGACGCGGGUCAGCUGUUUUCGGGAAUCGCUUCUGGUGGCACCCACAUCCCGGUGCGUGGUCGCCAUCUGGCAUGCGUUAGCAACGCCACGCUGUAUGUGGACGACCCGGACGGCGUGCGACACUACGCCGGUUGUGCGGUGCGCAACGACACGUUCAUGGAGUGCGGGUCGCCCGCACUUGACGUGCCCCGAUCGUCCACUUCCGACGCCACGGCCGCGGCCGCUGCCCCGUUAUUGAACUUUGGUUUCCGCGUGCACUUUGCCGACCACACGUUGGACUUGUCCCCGCAGCCCGACUUUCCCGGUUACCGGCUUUACGCCGAUCCAGUGUUCACGGAUUUUGAGACCGACGGCCGCAAGGUGACGAUCAACGGCCGCAACCUGAACCGGGGCUACCGACCGUCCGUCGACUUGGCCAUCCGAUUGCGUGACGCCAAGGGCACCCCGUGCGCCGUCAUCAACACGCAGCGACGACGGAUCGUUUGCUUGCGACCGCCGUCGUCCCCCGCUGACGGAGACCUGCGUGAAAUCCACGUCACCGUCGGCCGCGAAUUCGGCCGCACUGUCAUGAAGAACAACAACCGUUUAGCGAGGGGACCGUUCGAAGCGUUUCUGCUGAUCGUCGGCAUCCUCACCGGCGUGUGCUUCAUGACGUUCCUGAUCGUGGUCUACGUCAACAACAAAUGUGACAUCCGCCGAUACUUUUAA